GCGUGGCCGGCCCUCUGCCCUCCGAGCCAAGCAUGCACAGAAGAGCGCCGCUAUUGGAUCCAGAUCGCUGCGCAAUCGCUGCCCAGGACGUCGCAGCUGCCAGAUAACUCGCGCAGGGUCCGCCAGGAACGAAUUGCGCAAGAAGGCAGCAAGUAUAGAGAGAUACCAUGGGCGCAGGAGGUAGCUUUUUUGAGAAGGACGAGGCGCUGGAGGUGCCGGAUGCACCGGACAACAUCAAAGCGCUGGCGGCGCGGCUGUCACUGGCGCACGGCAUCAACGAGGCCAUCCUCGUCCACGGCCUCGUCGCGCUCGAGCCGUGCGUCCAGCGCCGACUGAACCGCGCGAUCACCAAGCCGCUGGAUUUGGCCUGCCUCCGGGCGUUCAAGGCGGAAAUGGAAGGGCAGGCCGUCGCCCCGGACGUCGAGGCCGCUCUCGCCCAGCUACCGGACGGAGUGAAGCCGAAGGUCGAGGCGCUCUUGGACUCGCUCCACCUCUGCGGCGGCUACUUACCAAGGAUCGGCGUCGGCUCGGCGGGCCUCUACAAGCAUUUUGAAGAGGGCGAGCGCGUGCACGAGAUCGCGUACGGCUACGGCAUGCGUACGCCGCGGAGUCCGCAUCAAGCGAUGGUCAAAGUUUACUCUAACGCACAGGCAUGCUCGACUGCGCGGGCCCCUGCCCGACGAUGCCGGGUUUUGACAAGGCCUUCGCGCGCGUGGCGAUCGCCGAGCAGCUCUCGGAUAAGGAUUUGUCCGACUUCGUGAUGGUGGGGCAUCCGGACCCCUUCCAGAUGGGCGUGGAACCGGGAAAUGUCCGGAAGUCGCUCGAGGCCCACGAAGCAGAGAUGAUGCCUAUGAAACGCGAGGGGCAGCCGCUCAUAGACGUCUACGCUCCGCUGUGCUGCGUGCGCUUCUCUGAGAAGUUUGAGCCGGGCGAGAUCGCGUUCGAUGAAGUCUGGAAGGAGUGUGAAGCGCUGUAUCGGGAAGGAAAGGUGCGAGCUCUCGGCAUCUGCAACAUCAGCGCGCCGCAGCUGGAGCGGCUCCUCGAGUUCUGCGAGAUCCGUCCCGCGGUCUAUGAGGCCGAGGCGCAUAUCCUCCACCACCAGCAAGCCAUCUACGACCUCUGCCGCCGUGAAAAAAUAGCAUUCUUGGCUCACACGCCCCUUGGGCAAGGGUCAGUGCUGGACCAGCAAUCGCUCGGUCACGACACGUUAUCCCCCGCACAAGCCGCGCUACGCUUUAAUUUGGACCGCGGCGUGUCUGUACUCCCCGGUGCUGAGAAGCUGAGCGAAAUAGAGGAGGACCAGGCAACGCCUUUGGGACCGGCUGUGGCGCGGGUCCAGGUUCCGGCCGCGCCGUCGAUGCUGUCGAUGGCCAACAUCAACAAGCUGUGGAAGGCCAUGAUCGCGCCGAAUUCAGACAUGGAGGCCCGCGACGGUCAUUGGUACGGCAAACCCUCAGAGGUCGUGCGGCCGGUCCGGAAAGAAGUGCUCGCGCAGAACAAGGCGAUUAUCGAGCAGAUCCACCCGAUCAUCAAGAACCUGCCGCGGAAGGAGAGCGCCGCGACGCGUCGCAAGGUCAUCUGCGAGGAGCUCGCCAAGCUCGGCGAUGAUGAAGGGCGCAAGCUAGGCGCCAUGAAGGUGAUUCCCGCCGACGUCUUUGGCGCGAGGGACUCCAUCCCUAGACGCUCGUGCAAGGACGAAGGACCGACGCCCCAGGUCGACGCGUCCGAGCUGCCUGAGGGCGCCAAGAUUCUCUUCUUCUCCCAGCGCUGGCUGACGCUUACACAUCCAGAUGACGAUCAAGGAACGAAGCGCCAGGCGAUCGUCGCUGCCGCGGAGGCCUACGCGAAGCAGGAGGGCGUCGACCUCGACAAGGUAUACAUUUGGUUCGACCUCGCCUGCGUCGAACAGGACGAUCUCGCGGAACUAAUCCGCGGUGUAAACGCGUUGGGGUUAUACAUCACGGCCUGCGACGCGUUCGUGUCGAUCGAUCACCCGGAGUACUGGAGCCGAGCCUGGUGUCUUGUGGAGCAAGAGUUCGCCCGGUGCGCCGGCGUGAAGAGAUACGUCAUAUCGGAGGGCAAGCUGGCCCCCACCAGUGCAUCAAUCAAAAUUUCACGGCGCCGUGUCGUCGACAUCAACGCCAUCGAUUUGCGCACAGGCCCCCACGGACCACGAGGUCACUGAUCCGCGUGACGGCAACCUCACCGUCGAGGACGACCGCGCGGCCAUCGACGUGCUCUGCCUCGUCGCCGACGACCUGCGCUCGCGGCUCUACCUGUCCGCCGUGUCGCAGAUGUUCUCCGAGGCAAACCUCGAUGAGGCCAUGGGCAAGGCCUGGCACAACAAGGACGAAGUCCCGGACGCACUUCGCCAGAACAUCAUCGAGACCUAGUCGGUCCCCUUUUUCUUCUCACUACGUCCCUUUCCCCUCAGAGCCCCCUCAAUGCCAUAAGUGGACUCUUGAUCUUAGUAUCAUCACGGCACGACCC